AUGCCUAACGCAAUCGGAAUUGAUUUAGGUACUACCUACUCCUGUGUUGGUCACUUUGCCAACGACAGAGUUGACAUUAUUGCCAACGAUCAGGGUAACAGAACCACCCCAUCCUAUGUUGCCUUCACAGACACUGAGAGAUUGAUCGGUGAGGCUGCCAAGAAUCAGGCUGCCAUGAACCCUACCAACACAGUUUUCGACGCUAAGAGACUUAUCGGUAGAAAGUUCAGCGAUCCAGAGGUCCAGAGUGAUAUGAAGCACUGGCCAUUCAAGAUUAUCGACUCAGAUGGAAAGCCAAAGAUCCAGGUCGACUACAAGGGUGAGACAAAGGUUCUCACACCAGAGGAGGUUUCAUCCAUGGUUCUCAGCAAGAUGAGAGAGACCGCCGAGGCCUUUUUGGGCAGCAAGGUUAAGGAUGCCGUUGUUACCGUCCCAGCCUACUUCAACGACUCGCAGAGACAGGCAACCAAGGAUGCUGGUACCAUUGCCGGUAUGAACGUGAUGAGAAUCAUCAACGAGCCAACUGCCGCAGCCAUUGCUUACGGUUUGGAUAAGAAGACCGAAGGCGAGAAGAACGUGUUGAUUUUCGACUUGGGUGGAGGUACUUUCGAUGUCUCUCUUUUGUCCAUCGAGGAUGGUAUCUUCGAGGUGAAGGCCACCGCUGGUGACACCCACUUGGGAGGAGAGGAUUUCGAUAACAGAUUGGUUACAUUCUUCUCGAAUGAGUUCAAGAGAAAGUUCCACAAGGACUUGACCGGCAACCAGAGGGCAUUGAGAAGAUUGAGAACUGCCUGUGAGAGAGCCAAGAGAACCUUGUCUUCCUCUGCACAGACUUCGAUCGAGAUCGACUCCUUGUUCGAAGGUAUCGACUUCUACACCUCGAUCACGAGGGCUAGAUUCGAGGAGAUGUGCUCUGAUCUGUUCAGAUCCACCUUGGCACCUGUCGAGAAGGUGUUGCAGGACUCAAAGUUGGACAAGUCACAGAUCGAUGAGAUCGUUCUUGUCGGUGGUUCCACAAGAAUUCCAAAGGUCCAGAAGUUGGUCUCCGACUUCUUCAGCGGAAAAGAGCCAAACAAGUCCAUCAACCCUGAUGAGGCUGUUGCUUACGGUGCCGCCGUUCAGGCCGCCAUCCUUUCCGGUGAUGAAUCAUCCAAGACACAGGACUUGUUGCUUUUGGAUGUCACCCCAUUGUCCCUAGGUAUCGAGACUGCCGGUGGUGUCAUGACCAAGUUGAUCCCAAGAAACUCGACCAUUCCUUGCAAGAAGUCUGAGAUCUUCUCCACUUACUCUGACAACCAACCUGGUGUGUUGAUCCAGGUUUACGAAGGUGAGAGAACUAGAACCAAGGACAACAACUUGUUGGGUAAGUUCGAGUUGACUGGAAUCCCACCAGCUCCAAGGGGUGUUCCUCAGAUCGAGGUUACUUUCGAUAUCGAUGCCAACGGAAUUUUGAAUGUUUCCGCCGUCGAAAAGGGUACUGGUAAGUCGCAGAAGAUCACCAUCACCAACGACAAGGGCAGAUUGUCGAAGGAGGAGAUCGACAAGAUGGUUUCGGAGGCUGAGAAGUUCAAGGCCGACGAUGAUAAGGAGGCCGAGAGGAUCCAGGCCAAGAACCAGUUGGAGUCCUACGCUUACAGCGUGAAGAACACCGCCGACGACAAGAAGUUCACCGAGAAAGUUUCUGAGGACGAGAAGAAGCAGUUGGUUGAUGCCUGUGAAAAGACCAUCAGCUGGCUCGAUGCCAACCAGACUGCUACCAAGGAGGAGUUUGAGAGUGAGCAAAAGAGCUUGGAGUCUACUGUUAACCCAAUCAUGACCAAGUUCUACCAGGCUGGAGGUGCUCCUGGUGCCGCUCCUGGUGCUGCUCCUGGUGCUGGUGCCGCUCCUGGUGCCGGUGCUGCUCCUGGUGGCUUCCCAGGCGCUGGUUCUGCUCCAAAUGCAGGAUCUGAUGGCCCAACCGUUGAGGAGGUCGAUUAA